GGUCCGCGAUCGCCGCACGCUCCCGCGAUCGACACUCGAAGGCCGCGCAUCGCGCAUCAAGUUACACGUGGCUCGUGGUGCGCAUCCUGCGCAAGACGCUGACGCUCCAAAUUAGUAAACAAAAUCAAAACACAUAGCUGAAACAACAACAAACAACGGUCACCGGGGGUGGGGGCGGUCCAGUGUCAGGCAGUGCAGUGCUUCAACACCCCCUUCUGUAAGGCGCAUUUGCCAAAUCUAAUCAGCUGCGGCCGGUGCUCGUUGGCGCGAUAGACGGUUCCCACCGCGGGCUAUUUUAUUGUUUUACACACGCACGCGCUGAUGUGUGUGCCCAAUUUUCGGCCACCGUCCCGAUAGGUAUCCCGCUGUCCGCGCCCUGACUCAGAGAAUGUGGAAACGUGCCCGGGAGCGGUUCGUGGUUGGUGUUCUUCUCUGGCACUCUCUGGCUGUGUGUCGCGGCAACAAGGACUGUUUGGGGUGAUCAUCUAGAUCCAACGGUGGAGUGGAUGCUGGAGUACUGUGCGUUGGUCAAUAAUAAACUAAGGCGAAGCAAGGAAGUGUCGUUUCCAGAAGUGAUCCGGAGGGUGUCCUUGGGUGUCCGAAGUAAAAAGGGACCAUAUCCGGAACAAUGGCGUUCAGCUGCACGCUCUGUGGACUGGGCCCACGGGUGACGGUUUUUGUCAUCGGGACCAUAACGAUGGUAUUCGCCUUGCUAAUGGUUGGCUUAGCUACGACCGCAAUACUGGCCCACAACUGCGAGAUCGAUAUGACCGAGUCGAGGGAAGCGUACGGUCUCUAUUUGUUUUACUUCCGGUCCGAAGACUGUGGUGAGAUCGAUCUCCGGUACCUGGGGAUCGAUGUUCCACCGCAAUUUCCACAACUACUGGUCCCCGACACGACGGAAGCUGUUCAGCGAACCUAUGUGUUUGCGCUCGUGGCCGUUGCACUGCACGGUGCCCUAGCCGUAACGACGGUCCUGCUGUUCGGUACCAUGUGCGUUUCGUGUUUGGGACGAGGAUGCGUCGUGUUUGGAUUCUACCCCUGGAUACUGGCGAUGUUCCUGGUGCUGGCUCUCGACGUAACCGGAUUCGUGGUGUAUUUGAUAGAUUUCAUCAACGUUAUGGACGUUGAUGGAGCGCUCGAUUUGCUGGAAAUACAGAACUCGGAAAUGGUGCGCGAUGUGUUUGAAGAGAUAGACAGCAUUUACCUGGUCGCGCCUUCGCUACUGAUGUGGAUUACGUUCAGUAAAGGAGUGAUAUUUUGGUUCAUGUUCCUGAUUUUCGUGUUCGUCAUCAUCAGUAUGUCGAUGCGUCUGUGGAAAGAGAAUAAGCCGGCUCCGCCGUACAACAACAACCAGGCAAUGCAACCACGCCAGGUGGUGCACCCAACCAGUCCUCCGCCGACCGAUCUGGACGACACACGGAACGAAUCAACCCGCUACAUGGACCAGGCACCCCAGCAGCAGAUGGCCUCGUUCCAACCGCCAGCAAUGCAGCAUCCACAAAUCUAUCCGGUGUUGCCACCGUCCAACCAGCAGCCCCAGACGCCGCAGCUUCCACCGCCCGCCGGUGUCAACAUGCGCCGCACGGUCGAACCACUGAACGAUGUCAACGAACUGCACCAGGACGAAAGUCCGCCAUAUCAACCACCGGCACAGGACGCCAAUGCCCUUCCUCUGCACACGCGACUUACAAUCGAUCCGUACACCGACAAGCGGUUCUCCUAUCUACCGGGUCAGCCGGUUCCGUUCUCAUACCUGGCAGGACCACCGCCCGGAAGUAGUCCGCGCAGCUCGGUGAAUCCACCACCGGAGGUGCGCAAUCAGUUACCGUGGUCUUACUUUGCGGCGGCCGGCGAUGACAAGAAACCUGGCGGCCGGCACCGGCUAACGACCACCUUGACGGAGCAGAAAGAGUUUCCGGGAGAAGAGAAACAGGCCCCGACCGUGAAAGUGAGCUCGCUCGCAGAUGAUCGAUCCAGUGUAACGACGGACGAAGGAAAGUGGAGCGGACCCGAGUACAAAUACUAGUCAAGCCGCGAAGAAGCAUUGGUACCACAAAACGAAACGAAAAUCCUACGCCCAAUGUUGUUCCUGUAUAUAGUACACUAAUCCAUCCCUAUGUCCACAAGAACUUGCGGCAGUCGCGUAGCGGCCGCACAACGUCAACCGAUUUUCGUCGAUACGAAUGAUUCAUCGUUCCAGAAACUGGCAGGGACGGAACCACCGUGAGCUGAAUCUUAUCGAGAAAAGGAAGUCGUAAACAAUGGACACCGGUUCGGUUGAUGGUGAUAACGAACAGUCGCUUCCCAUACGGAUUGCGAUAAUCUGCCGAAA